UUGGAAUGACUAAGCAGACAAUACAGACAAUACGCAAACCAUUCUUCUACAAUAACAACAACAACAACAAAGAGUUGACUGCUAAAAUGGAUGAAAUCUUGCCAAAUCUGUGCGUGACAACUCGUGCUGAUGGUGUUAAUAUAAUAAGGAAAGCUCUUGAAGAGUUAAAAUUGAAUGAUGCAUCUAGAAGACUCAAACACCUGAAAAAUGAGAAUCUUGUUGCUAUUCCUAUAAAACCUGUACAUGAUUCAGAAUCAAGAAACACUUUGGACAAACUGAAGAGGAAAAUACAAAUGUAUGAAAAUGGUAGUUAUGAUGUGAGUGAAGUGUGUAUUAGGACAAUGGACUUGCCUCUUGCUAAAAAAUUGACAGUCAAAACUCCACAACAACUGUUGAAAACAGGCUUAAAGUCUCUUCUUGAAGUAAAUGGUUAUAGCUGGACUGAUGAUGUGAUAAAUGAUAUACCAACACAUUGGGAAAGACAUGGUGACCUUGUUCUCAUUCCAGGCUCAACAUUUACACUUCCUAUCUGGCUUCAAUUAGGUACAGAGUUUUGGCCAACAGUUACAAGGAGUUUGUCAUGUAAAAGAAUAGCAAGAAAGUGCCUGGUCUCUGUAGAUCAGUACAGGACACCACAAGUUAUAAUGUUAUAUGGUGACAAUGGUUGGGUGGAGCAUGUUGAUAAUGGUAUAAAAUAUACAUAUGAUGUAACAAAGUGUAUGUUUAGUGCUGGUAACAUUACAGAAAAGUUGAGAGUGGCAGGAUUCCAGUGUAGUGGAGAAGUUGUUGUGGAUCUUUAUGCAGGUAUUGGGUAUUUCACACUUCCAUAUUUGGUAUAUACUGGAGUCAAGCAUCUACAUGCUUGUGAGUGGAAUCCGCAUGCUGUAGAAGCUUUACAUAGAAAUCUUAUCUUAAACAAAGUUGAUGAUAGAUGUACAGUUCACCAUGGAGAUAAUAAAGAGGUUUGUCCAAGAGGUGUUGCUGACAGAGUAAAUCUUGGUUUGAUACCAAGUUCUCGUGAGGGUUGGCCUGUGGCAUGCCGUGCACUGAAACCAGACAGUGGAGGGAUAUUACAUAUACAUUAUAAUGUAAACACAAAGUCUGAGGCUAGGUCUAGUUGUCAUAGUGAUGACCCUCAGCAGAUAUUCAGAUGUGAGGCUAAAAGUCGUACACCAUGUGAUGUUGGUACUGAUGAAAAUGAUGUAUUAGUGUCGGACUGCCAAAAUGUUCAUGAAUAUAAUUCUAACAUCUGUGAUAAUAAAGUAGAUUCAUGUUUAGCAGAAAAACAUACCAUAGACAACACUGCUAGUAAAUUUGAUGCAUGUGUAAGUCAACUAACCAUCAUAAAUGAUCAGGGUGACACACAAACCAGCAAAAGUGAAAUGGUAGCGACAUGUAGUUGUAAUAACCUUGAAAAUUAUUCAAACAAUGAACUUUGUGAUGUCGCAAAACAUAAAUGUUGUGAUAGUAAUGUUAAAAAUUCCAAAUGGUAUACUUGGGCAGAACAAACAGGUCUUGAAAUAAGAGAAAUGUUACAACGUAUACAUGGAGGAAUGUGGACUACACAAAUAUUACAUAUAGAACAUGUAAAAUCUUAUGCACCUUAUGUUGAUCACAUUGUGUUAGAUCUUAAGUGUAAACCAGUUGUAUUGUAAAACAUAAAAGAAAAAAUUUAAUGCAUUUCAAGUAAAUCUUCUUCAUGACCCACUAACAUGGCAAGUUGGCAACAAUGGCUUAGUAAAUUUGACACUUGGAAGAAGAAAUGACCAUUGACUAAGAUGUUUCUUCUUAUGAUCAUGUAACUAAUUGAUAAUAAUAUGUUAUCUUAUGAGUUAUUAAUCUAACCAUAGAGAAAAUAUGUUUAACUUAUUUGCAGACUUAUGUAAAAUUACAGGUAUGGAUUUAGAUGAUAUAAUGUGAUUGAAUUGUCUCUACACCUACAUACAGUAA